GCGACUGAAAGGUCUCACAUCCGAAGGGAUUGAAACAAUGUUGCUCAGCCACUUCCGGCGCUCACAUCAAAGUGCAAACACGCGACACCACAUCGUAACGAGUACUCCUCGCCCUCUCAGCUCACAGCUAGCUACCUCCCUACACCGUCAGCACAAAAGGCGACCACCAUACUCGUGUCCCACAGCCCAUCGGACGCAAAAAGCGCAAGCGGCGAACCCGCGAAAAAAAUGUCGCCCUCUCCCCGCAACGUGACUAGCUGGGAAUUCUUUAUUAUUGGAUCGGUGUUAUAUGACUGCCUGUUUCUUGGAUAUAUUAAGGGCAGGGAUGGGGCCGGAUAUAUGUUGACGGUGAGAUGCACGGUGCGUGAGGGAGUUGGACG